AUGAAAAACUGGAAAAUAAGGCAAUUACUGAAUUCAGGUAUGCUGCUCGCUCUACUUGCCAUGAGGUGCAGAGGAAGCGAAGAUGCUUUUAGCAAAGAGAUAAGAGACUACACUGGGCCAGGAGAAGACAAAGAUAAAGGAAUGGAAAUAGUGGGGGAUCUGUACCUUUCUUCUGCCAAUUUACUUAUGGAUGCAGAAUUAGCUAGGGAUGGAAUGGAGAGCCACUAUAUCAGAGAAGAACAGUACACUGCACAGCCAGAGACAGGAGAGGAUAUUUUCAAUGAAGAGAUGUCCAGCACACUUAGCACGUUGGGAAGCGAGUAUGAAUUAAAAGAUGAAAGUUUAGAUCUUGAUUUUAUGAAUCUAGACAAAGAUGUUUCUAUCUGGAACGGGCUCGACACAUUCAGAACAGUGGAGAGUAUGGCACAGUGCUACAAUUUGCCUGAACACUCUGGACACAGCCCAGAAAUAGCGAGUACCAGUGGAAGCUUUCUUAAAGGGGCAGAAGACAGUGGUGCCAAGCUGAGAAUAGGGAAAAAAAGAAAGAAAAGCAAUGAUCUAUUGGAGGAGAGAAAAGUUAAAAGAAAGCCCAGAAAUAAAAGAUGUGCAGUCCAGCACAGACAAUCUGUACAGCACAUAACAACAGAUGAUGACGAACACAUUGGCCUUGAUGCUGAGCCAUGCGAUGAUGGUACAAAAUUCAGGAAUACGCGAAGAAAAGGGUACAGACUGAAGAAAAAGACAAUAUACAGACAUAACAUCAACGAAAAAAAUAUGCGCAAGAAAGUAAAAGCACCAGCCUAUCAAGAAAAGCUCCAAAAAGACAUUCAAAGCUUUUCUGCACAGCCUGUGCCAGAGACAGAGAAGAAUGCGCUGUGGUACUUCAUUGCAUACGUGACUACAACUAUAAACACAAGAUACAAGGCUCUUUUUGGGCUGCAGGAGCUGCUGAAGAAUGGCAAAUACAGGAAAAUACUGGAGGGCCUGAAGGGAUACUACCCGGGAGCAGUUAAUGACCUGAUAGAGUACAUACAAAAGCACAGGCCGAUAAGAAGCGGCAAUGAAAACUGUCUGUUCAGGUGCAAUGAGACUCUUGGAGACAUCUACAUGCGGGAAGACCUUGAGCUAAACAGCUACAGCCCAGAAGAGGACAGGAUAUUUAGCCAGAUGGACAAGAAGUACCAUGCGCUAGCCUGUGCAGUGCGGAUGGUGCUGGUGCUGCCUGAGGUGUACACAGACUUUUCCAACAUCAGCUCAGAGUUUAUAGAGCAGAUUGGAGCGUUAGAUGACUCCGAUGCGAGCAAAGAGAACCGCUGGCUUCUAUUUAAAAUACAGGAGAUAGCGUACAUGCAUGCAGCAGAAAAGAUAGAUAUUACAGUAUACGAAGAGCUCUACAGUGUGUUUGCAGAUAUGCACACUGAAGAAGUGAUGGAAAAGCUGACAGCUUCUGAGCUCUACAGAAACAUGUACGUGCUUCUUGCCAAUUUCUAUGAGAAAGCAGACAUGGUUGACAGAAAAACUCAGCACGUUCUUGUGGGCAAGUGCAUAAUAGCGAACCAGAAGUAUAUGAGGAGCGAGAUAGAGGUAGAUAUAGCCCCAACGGAGAGCAAUAAAAGAGUUCUCUCUUCAGAUUAUUCGUGCAAAGAGAACAAAUGGGGCAUUUCAUCCGGCGUAUGUGCACACUACCAUGUGCUAUACGUGAACAAUGCCACAAAACAGACUAGGAGGCUGUGCAUGCCUAUGUACGUAGACAAUGGCGGAAAAGAGCACUAUCUGCACACAGUUGAUGCCAUAGUAAAGUACAUUGAAGAUCUCUACGCCAUGGAGAAAAGGCAGGCUCUUGUGCAUCCAUUUAAGGUAAGAAAGGGAACUAGGCUGUGGUCGUAUAUAGAUAAGAAGGAUAGGGAUAUGACAGUGCAGGACCUAGAAGAGUACAAGGUGGUGUUUUACCACAUUGAGGAAAAUUUGGAAGAAACAGGGCUUACAUUUGCAGAGCUCAGGCCGCUGCGCCCCCAAAGCAAGAGCAGCAUAGGCAUUCCUCUUUUCCUGACUCCUCUGAUGCGGUCGGCUGUGGAGCUCGGGCCCUUUGACAAGACGGGCGAGCAUGCAGAGAUGUUCUCAAUAGACUUUGAGGACAGAGAGCCUGAUGUGUAUACGUACAGCAGCAAGUACAAAGACGAAAAAUGCUCAGAUGUGCAUGGAUACUACAGCAAUCUAUAUAUAACGGACAAUACAGAAAAGAAGGAAAGUGCAGACUGCUACAUCAUGGAGUGUGGGCUGACUAAGCAGGGAGAGAACAUAGUGCAGGCUGCGUGGCAUGCAAAAAUGGAGAGCAGUGUAGAUGCAUACACACACUGUGUGCCCAGUAAGAGCUUUAUGGAAGAGAGGAACGAAAAAGAGUUUCAUGCUUUUAUUGAUGCAAUAGAGUCAAGAGAGUACUACCAGGACAGCGAGUUGCAGGGCUUCUGGCUGCGCAAUAACUGCGCAUCAGACAAAGCACCAAAGGCAUCGGAAUGGGAAGCACAGACAAUAUUUAAUCUUCUGGGAAACAGGAAAUUUUAUAGGUCGUUUGUAUCUCAAGGAGAGCUGAAGAUAAUUAGGACGAAGAUUUAUAAAGAAGAGCACAGAUUAAAAGCGAUAGAGAACAAACAGAAGGCUCUGGGGAAGUUGAAUACGAAAACAGAUACAAAGAAGGAAAUACUGCAGAAGAAGUCAGAAACUGUGAAAAAAGGAAUGGUCAAGAGGAAAAUAAAAGAGCUGUACAAAGAGCUCUGUGCACUGCUUUCCAAAAGGCCAGACCUGCAGACAGAGCUCAUCGUUUUCCGCAAUGUGAACAAAAGCAAGUCUAACCUAGGAGCACACAACGAGAUUCUUGACGUCUUCACUUCAGCGUAUAAGUAUGCAAAAAUAGCACAAGAAGACAAAGAAUAA